UGGGCUGAUGUCAAAACACGGAAAUCCUUAUCGUUUAGGAAAGCGUGGAGUGAUAGUCGUGCAUUAUAAAUGUCUCACUACCUCUUCUAUAAGUGCACUACGUAGGGUGUGAGAUAACAGCUUCUGCAGCCUAUAUGAUGUGUCGUAUAGUGAGCCGUUUGGGAUUUAGCAUCGGACUUCAGCUCUCAGGGCAGUCAAAUUAUAACGCAUGCGCUCUAUGCUAGUAAUUAUAACGCAUGCGCUCUAUGCUAGUAAAUAAGCGCCUGAUUCAUAACAGCGAAAAGUGGAGUUGAGUGGUAUGGCUGGAAGCUCCCUGGCAGAGAAACACUUCAGAUUUGUGGUUGUAGGUGGAGGAAUUUCAGGGGUCACCUGUGCAGAACAGCUGGCCUUCCAGUUUCCUAAGGAUGAAGUUGCUCUUCUGACCGCUGCUCCACUGGUGAAGACGGUGACCAAUUUAAAACAGGUGUCCAAAACUUUGGAGGAGUUUGACGUGGAAGAACAGCCAUCCAGCGUCUUGGAGGAGAAGUAUCCUAACCUGAAGGUUAUUCACUCAGCAGUCAGAGUCCUCUGUGCAAAACAGCAUGUGCUGCAGACUGAGGAUGGACAUAACUUCUGUUAUGAGAAGCUGUGUGUGUGCACCGGUGCCAGACCUAAACUCCUCAUUGAGAACCCUCAUGUGCUGGGCAUACGCGACACAGACAGUGCCCAGGAUUUUCAGAAGAAGCUUUGCAAAGCCAAGCGCAUGAUAGUUAUUGGGAAUGGAGGAAUUGCUUUGGAAUUGGUCUAUGAAGUGGAGGGCUGUGAGGUGAUCUGGGCGAUAAAGGACAAGGCCAUAGGGAAUACAUUCUUUGAUGCUGGAGCUGCUCAAUUCCUCAUCCCCUCACUGGAGGUGGAGAAGCCUGAGAAAACACUUCCCUGCAAGAGAGCACGCUAUACCAUCGACAGAGCCGUAAAUCCUAAAGCAGGUUCAUUAGAUCAUGGUAGUGCGUUAGGUCCAGACUGGCACCAAGGCAUCAGUCUAAGAGGAGCAGAGGAGGUGUCGCACAAUGUACAUGUAGAGUAUGAGUGUGAGAUUGAAGCAGUCCACUCCCAGGAAGACUUCAUGCAGUCACCACUCUAUACACAGGACAGUGAUUUAGGGACGUGGCCAGUUUAUGCACAGUUAACCAAUGGGAAGGUUUAUGGCUGUGACUUCAUAGUCAGUGCUACAGGUGUGGUCCCGAAUACUGAACCUUUUCUUCAGGGUAACAAUUUUGAGCUGGCAGAGGAUCAUGGCCUGAGGGUUGAUGAGCACAUGCGGACAUCUGAACCAGACGUGUAUGCAGCUGGAGAUGUGUGCAGUGCAGGCUGGGAGCCUAGUCCCCUUUGGCAGCAGAUGCGCUUGUGGACUCAGGCACGUCAGAUGGGCUUCUACGCCGCACGCUGCAUAGCAGCCCACGUGCUGGAGGAGGCCAUCGAACUGGACUUCUGCUUCGAGCUCUUUUCACACAUCACCAGGUUCUUCAAUUACAAGGUUGUGCUGCUGGGCAAGUUUAAUGCUCAGGGCCUAGGCUUGGAUCAUGAACUGCUGGUGCGCUGCACUAAAGGCCUGGAGUACGUGAAGGUGGUAUUGAGCCGAGGGCGCAUGGUGGGGGCUGUCCUUAUCGGAGACACUGACCUGGAAGAGACUUUUGAGAACCUCAUCCUCAACCAGAUGGAUCUGUCCUCAUAUGGGGAAGAGUUGCUUAACCCUGACAUUGACAUUGAGGACUACUUUGACUGAAUUAAGAUGCUGAGGAUCCUGAUUAGGGAUUGUACAGGUGCAUACAGAGUUUUUAACAUUAUAAUAUAUAAAAUCAUAAAACA